AAUUAUAAAAUGAUUUUUGGGACAACUAAAGGUACGACAAAAGGAACAGUGCCAAGAUAGCUUUUCUGUAGUACCGUAAUAUACCUGAAAAUUAGGUUUAUGGUUUUACACGUUAUGAUAUGUACUUUAAAGCUUGCCUUAUGGCAUAAUAAUAAGGUUCAGAAUUCAGCCCUUCCUAACCUAAAUGCUGAAUAUGUCAUUGUUGGAAACCAUUAUAAAGCAGUGAUAACGUUUAACUAACUUAAAAUUGCAGCACUGAUUAUCUAUAUUACGUCAUUACCUGGAUAGACUUAUACAACAGGACUCAAAUGAUAUGCUAUCAUAAAGAGAUACAUUACAAAGGUCAGUUCUUUGCUGUACAGUUAGGUGGGCAUCACGUCAGCCAGUAUGUUAGAACGUGUUCAGUGCGAUAUUCAUUACAAUUAAUUACUGAGACAAUGAAGCAGAUUCUAAUUGAGGCAGACUGCAGUGUUUGCUGUGGCUAAGACCUGUGCAACCACAAUCGUCAGAAGUCACCAUGAUCCCCCACACGCUAGGAACACUGCGGCAGUACUCGGCAGCCAUCUCAGCCUCAUUGUCUGUGUUUAUAAUUGGCAACUGGCUCGCCUGGCCUUCAUCUGCUGUGAAAGACAUUCUAUCUGGACAAACAAAACUGACUGUAAGCUCCGAGGAAGUGUCUUGGGCUGUGGCUUUGCUUGACUUUGGCAACAUUAUCAGUCCGAUACCGUCGAGUUAUAUCUCCGACUGGAUCGGCAGGAAAAUGACUCUAGUUAUAAUGUCAUUUGCACUGUUCAGCACUUGGCUGUUAACGAUAUUCGGUACCAACGCUUACUACUUGUAUAUUGCACGCUUAAUAGUAGGUUUUUGUAAGGGCAUCUGCUUUACAGUAGUGCCAAUAUAUCUCGGGGAGAUAGCCAGCACUAACAUACGAGGUGGAGUCGGAACUAUAUUCUGUGGCUUGAUGAACUAUGGAAUCCUUUAUGAGCUAUGUCUCGGACCCCUCGUGUCCUACGAGACACUAAAUAUUCUCUCAUCACCUUUUCCCAUAAUUUUCUUCUUACUUUUCUUUCGAUUCCCUGAGUCACCGUAUUUUUAUCUGAUGAAAGGUCGCUCAGCUGAAGCGCAAAUGUCUCUAGCUUGGUUCCGCAACUUAAAAGAGGACUCUUCUGAGCUAGAUAGAGAAAUGAAACAGAUUUCAGUGAAUGUAGAAGAAGACAUGAAAGACAAAGGAGGAUUCAAAGAUUUACUGAGCAAUGCAGGUGCACGGAAAGCUAUGUUGAUAGCGAUGAGUCUCGCUUUCUUCCAAAGAUUAACUGGGAUGUCUAGUAUUCUUGCGUUUUCCGUUGUCACCCUUCCGCCCACAGGUGGCUACUUCAGCCCAGAGGUUUAUAUGUUACUCUUCGGGAUCACUACUAUUGUGGGCCAAUCAAUCUGUGUCAUCUUAAUUGAUAAAUUCGGCCGAAAACCUUUGUUGAUUGUAUCCACUGCUGGAUGUGCUCUAAGCACGGGAAUCAGUGGACUGUUUUAUUGGCUGAAUACAUCUACCGAUCUCACUCACUACAACUGGGUGCCGUAUUCCUGUAUCAUCUUGUUCGGUAUCAUGUUUGCCAUCGGAAUAGGUACGAUACCAUCAGUGAUCUGUGUAGAACUGUUCUCCUCAGACAUCAGGAGUUAUGCUGCUUCAGCCGCUGCUAUGUUUUACGCGUUAGGUUCCUUCAUCACGAACAAACUUUAUCUUUAUGUUCACCUAACAAUAGGAGUGCACUAUAUGUUUCUGUUUUUUACGGUAAGCUCAUUAGUCUGCUUGGUUUUUACGUGUACAGUAUUUUUUGAAACAAGUGGUAAGUCAUUUUCAGAAAUUCAAGACAUACUGAAAAACAGAGGUACAAAUGAUCAGCCAUAAUAAUUUACUUUAUUUCACUAUGAUAUGUGAUGUAUAGAAAUAAGAAACCUUAAAAUGAUAUGACUAUCAUAUUAUUUUUACUUUAUGUGAUAUACACAAUAAUAUUUUAAUACAAUAUUUUUGUUGCUAAUAAAAUAUUUUAAACAUUUAA